GCACAUUCACUUCACCUACCACAGACCCAACUGCUGGUCCAAUUCACUCCGUCAAGAGCGGGUUAUCCCGACUGUCAGAAGGACACCUCAAAAUCAAAGGAAGUGCUUGACUAAACAAGAAAUGGCCGCACAUCACUUCCAACAUCUUCUCUGCCUUUGUGCUCUACUUCUCGUUCCUCCAGGACACAGUUACUUCAUGAUUGAUUCCAAGGCCGUACUGCAAGGAUUCAUGGACCGGUGGACCCUGAAGGAAAACCAGCAAGUGCCAAAGCUCUACCAGAUGACCGUGUGCUUGGAUGUGCGCUUGUUGACUGCGGGAAGGUGGAUGGCCUUUAGCUACAUAGCGCCUCGCUCACCGUACUAUGACCUGGCACUGCAGGGUGACAGCUAUGCUGUGUACAUCUGGCUCCUGGGUGUGCAACACCGCUUCCGUGUUCCGAUGUCACUGGAACGUUGGCACCGGCUGUGUCUGCGCAUUGACUCAUUACAAAACAGCUUCAGCCUCACCAUCAGCAGCAGUCAGGAUGUGCACCAGCGUACAGUGAUUAUUAACGCCAUGCGACCCAAUGGCAAGCUACAGCUGGGAUUUCAUCCUUGGGAAGUCUCUCCAGGAAGCAGUAUGGCCACCAUAGAGCUCUACCUGUUCAGAGUGUGGGGGGAUGUGAGAGAACAUUCAGCAUGUGAGGAUGGCACAAUUGUGGGCUGGGACUCAAGUAUAUGGAGAAUCAGUCAAGCCCAGACCUGGGUCCAGGAUAACACACUUUCCUGCAGCAUGGUCUUGGGAACUGUACGUGUCAAACAUAGCCAGGAACAGACUACAAAUACUGCAAACAAAAAUGGUACUGCCAUUACAACCAGAACUCCAAUUGCUGCUGCUUCUGCUACCAGGGCUAUCAUUACUACUAUACUCAAUUACUAUAAUCACACUAACACAAAUAACACACCUGCCAAAAAAUCUCCUAUUAUGAGAAGAUCUGUUAAAGCUACUAUUCUUACUGCCAAAGGUCCUAUCUCUUCCAAAACUUUUUAUACUAUGAACAAAACAAUUAAAACCACUAUUCCUAUUAUGAAAGGUACUACCCCAAUUGAAAUUCAUACUCCUACAACUACUAUUCCUUCGACAGCCGCCAGAAAUGUUAUAGCAAAUACAUCUCCUAUCAAAAAUACUACUGUAAGUACUAACCAUACCAAAACUACACCACUUGCUAAAAAUGGUAGUGCAAUUACUACCCAAGCCGUUACUAGUAAUGCGACCACCAAAGAUCCUAUCGUAAAUAUUACCCUCAGUAGAGCUUCUAAUCCUUUUACUACUACCAAAGCUGUUACAACUAGUAAUGUCACAACCAAAGAUACUACAAGAAAAGGUCCCCAUAGUACAACUCCAAAUCCUUCUACUGCUACCAAACUUGUUACAACUAGUAAUGUCACAACCAAAGAUACUACAAGAAAAGACUUGUUAGUCGUGGAAAUAGCCAACUAUAACUAG